AUGGAUCCGAGGGAUCCCAUUAUGAUUGACGAAGAGGAAAUUCCAGAGGCUGAACAAAUUCCGGCCAACAAAGACGGACUCAGUCGAGCUUAUGCGUUUGGCGCCGGCGGCUACAAUUCUCUCAAGUCAUUCAACGGCCAGUACUACUCUGGCAUGGCGGUCGGCGGAUCUCACACCUGGAACUACGAUGGCGGCGUGUGGCAUGAAGUCAAGGAGGAACCAGACUUGUGGAAGAUAGACUACAAGACGAACAAAAGGAGGGCGAAGAAGGCUCCUGAAAAAAGCGGUGCGCCCGUAGGAACAGAGUACCACUGGUUAAUUGUUGCACAUCAGCACGUCCGGAAAAUAGAUGCAAAUACAUAUGAGACAAAUCUUGAGGGAUCAAAAUACAAACUGGCGCAUAGAGGCGCUGCGUCAAAUACGUGGUCAAUCCCUACAGUCAAGGGGCAGCGUGAACGUGAGGUCGAGCUGUUGGAAGAUGCCAAGAGGCGUGUUCAAGGGCUGCCACCUGUAUUGGGUAGCGAGAAGGCCAAAGUGAAGUCGGUUGAGAAAGGACAGCAGAAGCUUGAAGAUAUUUUGUCGAAAGGUGGUGUAAGUGAGGGUAACAAGCGGAAGAGGGGCCGGUCGUAA